AUGAGUGUGGGUAUUGAUAAUAGUAAUGGUUUGAGUACUGAUAAUGAUGAUGGUGGUGGUGGUGUUGGUAAUGAUGUCUCUACUCAUGCGAUUAAAAGAAGAUCGGCCGAGAUUGUGGCAAACGUCGGUGGUCGAGUGGUGCUGGAGUGCGAGCUGAGUGUCCACGAAGAAGGAUACAUGAUCAAAUGGUCGAAGCUAGGCAUUCAGGUUCCCAUCAUCAUUGUAGUCAGCGUCACGAGUAGCCCGCCACACAUUGACAACGGCUUCUUCAGAAGAAUCAGAAUUGUGAAUGAGGCCAAUUUGGAGAUAAUACAAAUUAGAGAAGAGGACGAAGGUUAUGAUAACGAUGGUGGCUUGAUGAUGGAAAUAAUGAUGAUGUUCAUGUGGUGA